UUCUGGAUCUUCAACUUUCUGACAGCUUUAGUCAUUAGACAUCCUUGAAAGUAGACUGAUAUGGUUUCAAAGGCCAAGCUAUCUUAGAUAUUCACUGCCUUUCCAGAUACUAGUAAUUGGCCUUGCCCUUGUUCAGCCCAGUUCACCAAGGAUGCUCUUUAAAUCGUUUUCAUAUGUUAUUCAUCUCCAGGCACCCAAAAAGGCCAAGAGGAGGCAGCAGGGAGAGGGUGGCAGCUCCAAUGUGUUCUCCAUGUUUGAGCAGAGCCAGAUCCAGGAGUACAAGGAGGCCUUCACCAUCAUCGACCAGAACAGGGACGGCAUCAUCAGCAAGGACGAUCUAAGGGAUGUGUUGGCCUCCAUGGGUCAGCUGAACGUGAAGAACGAGGAGCUGGAGGCCAUGAUCAAGGAGGCCAGUGGUCCGAUCAACUUCACCGUCUUCCUCACCAUGUUUGGCGAAAAGCUGAAGGGUGCUGAUCCCGAAGACGUCAUUGUUAGCGCUUUCAAGGUCCUUGACAGCGAGGGUACCGGCUCCAUCAAGAAGGAGUUCCUUGAGGAGCUUCUGACCACCCAGUGUGACAGGUUCAGCGCAGAGGAGAUGAAAAACCUGUGGGCCGCCUUCCCUCCAGAUGUGGCUGGCAAUGUCGACUACAAGAACAUCUGCUACGUCAUCACACACGGAGAGGAGAAGGAGGAGUAGACUCCUUUCCAUCUACUAUUUAUCUACCUCUUACCUCAAACCCCUCACAUGUGGCUCCUUCAUUGGUUCCUUCUUCUCUAUGGCAUGCUCAGGUUCUCCCCUUCCUCUCGCUCCCAUGGCUGAUAAUGAAAGACUUUAUCUCCAUCGCUGAGAUCCUGAACUUGGUGGUGGGAUCAUUUUCAAUAAACAAUAAUGCCGUGUCAUCAAACCACACCAUUUCGCAAUGUUCUCUCUGCUUUUCUUUGGUGCACGUUUGUUUAUUAUCAUAACCUACAAUAAAGAGCAGAGGAACAAGCAUUUUUUUGGUGCUUCCAUCAACAAUGCUGUUGUAAAUAUGCUGAAGUAUUUUUUUGUUUUGUUUUGUUUUGAAUUUGAGAAAAGCAAGUUCAGUUUUACAGUAAAAUACAAAUCGAUUCUCCUCCAUUCAUGUCCUUUCUUUAUUUCUCUGGAAGUGAGAGACGACAAGGAGAAA